GGAAAGUUGGCAGUGUGGCUGAAGGGGGAGGGCACCUGAUAGCCUUGGUGAUUCCUGGCAAUCCCUGUUAUUUAUGGGAGAGACUGGGAAGAGGCUUCAGCAAACUGGGAAAAACCUCCCAAAUCCUGGUUAACCGAGGUUCUGAUCUGGAGCUCUGGAUGGGAAGCGUGUUGAAGUCUGGUCGCGUCUAGCAAGCUUUUGUUUUGAGGUGUACCACGUAGGCUCACGGGCCUGCGGGAAAUUGUUGAGGCUGGGGGUCUAGGUUAUCCAAGGGGUAAGCAGAGUGAGCAGCGGCGGGUGCCGGGGACAAACCCGCGAAGCCUUCGGAAACGGACCGGCAGGGAUCUGGAGUGCAACGUCAGGAGCAGGAAUCCUGCGGCCGGCAGGGGCCGGGACGGGCGCUCGGAGGGGCGGGGCCUGCGUUCCGGCUCGGAGUUCUGGGGCUCGGACCUUAGGCACAUGCGGAUGACCCGGAGCGUGGACAAUGUCCAGUUCCUGCCCUUUCUCACCACGGAUAUCAACAACCUGAGCUGGCUGAGUUAUGGGGCCUUGAAAGGAGACGGGACCCUAAUCAUCGUGAACUCCGUGGGUGCUAUGCUUCAGACCCUGUAUAUCUUGGUGUAUCUGCACUACUGCCCUCGGAAGCGUGGCGUGCUCCUACAGACUGCAGCCCUGCUGGGGGUCCUUCUUCUGGGUUUUGGCUACUUUUGGCUCCUGGUGCCUGACCUUGAGGCCAGGCUUCAGUGGCUGGGCCUCUUCUGCAGUGUCUUCACCAUCAGUAUGUAUCUCUCACCACUGGCUGACUUGGCCAAGGUCAUUCAGACUAAAUCAGCCCAACAUUUCUCCUUCUCACUCACCAUUGCCACCCUCCUCGCCUCUGCCUCCUGGACCCUCUACGGGUUUCGACUCAAAGAUCCCUACAUCACGGUGCCCAACUUUCCAGGAAUCGUCACCAGCUUCAUUCGCCUCUGGCUUUUCUGGAAGUAUUCCCAGAAGCCAGAUAGGAACUCUCAGCUCCUACAAACCUGAAGCAGUUCACCUGACCACUGGGCACUUUAAUGCCAACCUGUCACCAAAGAGAACUCCUUGUUUCAGCUGUUCCUGCUGACCAGCUCCAUGGGUGCAGUGGGUUUUGGGAAAGAAAGAGACACUUUGAGAAUCGAGGGACCAAAGAAAGAGCUUUACUUAGGAGAUAUGGGUGGGACUUGAGAGAUGAAUCACUUUUAUUUUUUCAAGAUUAUAUUUUUUAGUUUGAAGGUUGGGGUGGAACCUUUAGAAUGUGCCUUAAAAUAAACUGUUCCCUACCUGUGCCCAUUAA